CGUUUCGGGUCGGGACCCUUCUUCAGACUGUUAGGUUGUGUCUAAUCUUAUACGCACCGUGUUUUUCGAAUUCAAAAGCAUAUUCUGAUAAACCGCUAAAUGUCGAUAAUAACCUCGCGCAACUUUAUUAAAAAAAAGAGCCACAACAUGCAUGUUCUCAUUCAGAAAGAGAAAGUGCGCGGCUUUAUCGAUCUUCCACCGUUAGAAUAUGUUAUGAUAUCAAUGCAGCAUUUACCAUUGAAGUUUGCUUCUAAAAAUCCCAUGCAAGUGGUGAUGGUGCGGUUGAGGAGGGGGAGGGGUUGUUUCACGAAUUUACGCCUUCAUGUGCCUGGGCAGGUACGAGUCUCCGGGAACGCCUCCGCUCAAACCUUGUCUUGCACCUGUUCCACGUAAAAUGCACAGACAUCAAGCAGUACCUAUUAAAUCAAACUGCCCGGUGUUCGGAUAUAAUCCAUGUCUUAAACUGUGGAAAUAAGACGAAUAUAUCUCCCUCCUCGGGCAAAAGUAGACUAUUUUCUUGGUUGUGGUCAACGGCUCGCUAUGGCCCCGUUAGCCGAAGUCGGGAGCUACUUGGGCGGUCUGGACAGUGGACAUAUGGCGGCCCCUUUCUUUCUUCCUGCCGUGGAGUUCCCGGUCCUCUUCAGCGAUCACCUCGCCCAGACCGAAAGCAGACUGUCUCGCAGCACCACCACGGACUUAGUGCAUUUGCAGGGGAUUUUGCGAAGGAGACAGCUGUACUGCAGGACUGGUUUCCAUUUGGAGAUUCUUCCAGGUGGAACAGUGCAGGGGACCAGACGAGACCACAACCGAUUCGGAAUCCUGGAGUUCAUCAGCAUAGCCGUUGGGUUGGUCAGCAUCAGAGGAGUGGAUAGUGGUCUGUACCUUGGAAUGAACGACAAAGGAGAAUUGUAUGGCUCAGAAAAACUGACAGCAGAGUGUAUCUUUCGAGAACAAUUUGAAGAAAAUUGGUACAACACAUAUUCUUCCAACUUGUACAAGCACAGUGACACAGGGCGACGAUAUUUUGUUGCACUCAAUAAAGAUGGUUCUCCAAGAGAUGGGAGCAGAUCCAAAAGACAUCAGAAGUUUACACAUUUUUUGCCAAGACCUGUGGAUCCAGAGAAAGUACCUGAACUCUAUAAAGAUAUAUUAGGCUAUAGUUGAAGCAAUCCAACUUCUGAAGAAGAAGAAUUAUUUACUCUGUUCAUCACAGAAACACAAGCUUCCCAUGGCCUCAAGUGGUUGAGAGAGUGGUUUGGAAAGGAUGUGGCCUUAGUUUCGUCAAAUGUGAAGCACUUCUGAUGUGUAAUCACCUGCUCAGGAUUUUUACAUUAAUACUAAGAGUGCACAACUUACAGACACCAGUAAUGCUAUAUAAAGCAGGAGACAAAGGGAAUCGGUAUGUGUUUAUAGUGACUUUGCUAUAUGAUGCUGCAGGUGCCUUUCACUGAGAUGUUACAUUGACAGAGUAGUGCCACAAAAACGUUCCUUUGUGUAACUGUGGAUAAGCACUAUUUGGACUGUGGAGAAGGGUAAAAAGUCAACCUGAAAUAUCUCAUAUGAAGACUACUACUAGACGUUUUCACUCUUGCUAUAGAGUAUCAAAACAAUGAAAGAGUUACUGUAAUUUGUAGCACAAUAGUAUGGCUUCCAUCACAAAUGUUGACUAGAAUUUAAACUCGCAUUGUCUUUGGCAACUUUGGACAUGGGACUUUACAGGUCUUUUGAGAUGGACGUAUUUAUACAAUUCCAAAUUGCAUAUAUUUAUUUUAUAGAAUUAUUUAUAAAGCAGAAUUUAUUUUUACUGAGAAAUGUACAGGUAAGAUUAAAAAAACCCCACAAAAUUAAUGUGCCAAUAUUAACUCAGAAGGUUUUCUUAAUGCAUCAUGAAACAAUAUGUACCAUCACAGCUUUCUCUUUCAUUGAACGUUUUUUAUAAUCUAUAUGUAACUGUCUCUUGACUGUACCAUACGAGAACAUCAGUUUCUUUUUGUUUCAUAAAUAAUUGUUUCCAUUUCUGUACUGAAUGCAACACACAUUCAAAAGGGAAUUAAAAUAUUGAAAAUAA